AAAUAGCCAGUUUCUUUAGUACGAUGUUGCUAAAAACUUUUCUUCUUUGUGUUUUACUGUACACCGCCUCUGCUAGAACCAGAAGCGGCGUAACCUUCAAAAAUGUAGUCGUACGUGGUUACAGCAUGUUCACUUCAAAAUUCAACGUCACUAUUAACUCUGCAAACACCUUAAAAGACAAACUACCAAAGCAAGUCUUCGAUAAACUCGAAAUUGUUGACAGUGAAAUUCCCGUUCUGUACGAAAAUUCAAUUUCAGACAUCGACGAUCUAGACGAACUGAUUCUAAACAACGACGGAAUCACCGAGAUACAACCUGGAACUUUCAAAAAUGUACCACAGUUACGCAAACUCGUCAUAACACACAACCAAGGUUUAGAGGAAAUCAAAAGCGGGGUUUUCAAUCGACUGAACAUCGCCACUAUGGACCUGAGUAAGAACUCCAUCAACACAAUUGCCUCCAGCGCUUUUGACGACAUGCCGGAACUGCUGAACGUCAACCUUGCCGACAACCAGCUGAAAAUUUGGGACAAGAACUGGUUCGCCGAUACCCCGCUCCUGACGAGAGUUUCCCUCCAGAACAACCACAUCUCGGAAAUUCCUGCUCGAGCCUUCCGAAAUUUCCGAGGUGAGAAGCAGUUUGGAUCUGUGCCGCUCACCAUUAACAUUGUAUUAAGCAAUAACGAAAUCAAGACGAUCCACGAAGAUGCCUUCAAGGGUUUGGAUAAAAUCAAUAAUUUGUGGCUGGAUGGCAACGAGAUUGACAGCUGGGAUGAGAAUUUGUUGUCCAAAGUUGCGGUGAAAGAUUUAAGAAUUGAUAAUAAUCGGUUACAGUGUCUGAGUGGCGAUUUGAAAAAUAUUUUCGUCGCCGCUACAACUCAUAUCGAUGGUAAUCCGUGGGAUUGUGGGUGUUUGAAGAAUAUUGACUUGUGGGCAUCUCAACAUGGUAAAGAUGUGAUUAUGUAUUAUUCGAAAAUGAACUGUGAUGCUGAACGGAUUGAUCGUAAAUUGAAAGAUUUGAAUCACUUGCUGAAAGAGCUUAGGAAGAAUGAUACCGAAGAGGCUGGCGAUCAAGAAUAAUAGCUGUAGAAUAACUGGAUUUUUAUUUCAUUAUUAUCACUUGUAGCGGUACUGAAAUAAAUUGUAGCGUAGUAUAUAACUAAAUAUAAAUUUUUGUGUUGUUA